AUGAAAGAGAAUUUCUGCGAUUUGGAAACCACAGUUGUGGUAACACGUCCAGUUGACGUAACCACUAAACACACAACAACUGCGCCUUCUUUGCUGAGUUGUUCUAGUUUGUGUUGUGGCCUUAUAGCCAGCUCGUUCACCUACACAGUUUCUACAAGUACCUGUGAAUGUCAUAAUGAAACAGCUACAUCAUUGACAGAGGACCCGUCAAAGGGAUCAGGAAUUUACUACGGUUAUAAGGAAAACGGCAUUCAGACCUCCAAAGACGGCGGAUAUCUGCGACAUCACGUGACGCCUGAGCGACAGGACUGUCAAGAAUUGUUUGAGGAAGGUUUUUUGACAGACGGUGUCUACACGAUACGGCCAUCGGGAGGGGAUACAACGGACGUCUGGUGCGAUAUGGAACAAGGGGGAUGGACGGUCAUCUCCAGGCGGCAGGACGGGUCUGAAAACUUUAACCGUGGUUGGGACAAAUAUGUCGAAGGAUUUGGAAACCGAACAGGCGAGUACUGGCUUGGUCUCGAAAGCAUACACUUGCUUACACUUUUCAAUACUUCGGUGAGGGUCUAUGUUGAAACAUUUGGCGAUGUCUCCCCGACUUCCAUGAAUGCAAUCUACAGCAAGUUUGUAGUCAACGAUGCCUCUACCAACUAUCGGCUUGAGAUUGAUGGCUUCACUGGAGACUGCGGUGACAGCAUGGCCUAUCACAACGGGAUGCAAUUCAGUACUUUCGAUAACGACAAUGACUUGCACGCUGGCAAUUGUGCCGUAGAGAACCCCGGAGGGUAUUGGCAUAACAUAUGUCAUAGCGCUAAUCCAAACGGACUGUAUCUAGGUGGUGUCACUGAUCUGUAUGGUGACGGAAUGUCUUGGUACGAAUGCUGGGGACAUAACUAUUCACCCAAGAUAUACAUAUACAAAAUCAAAAGAAACUAACUAUACUUGCGUCACACGCAAUAUUAAAAUGAAAAUGUGACACAAUAAUAAACAAUGCAUUGCCAAGAAUCAUCAAUCGAAAACCGUUAGGUUUUGGCGUCUACACGUAGUGGAACAUUUUUAGCUUAGACAAUAUUUAAAAAAAACGUAUAUUAAAUCUUGUUGUGUUAAUAUAAAAGUGAACACACCCUUUCAUACAUAUUCGCACACUUUACGUGUUUAACUCAUAGCGUGUGUUUCCACCCGUAUUUUAAAGGUUAGUUAUGUUAAGACCAUAUUCAUGACUCAAAUAUAAAAAUGCACUGAAAAUCGUGUGUCUCAGAUGUGUCUUUUGUGUGUCAGAAAUUACAUUUGUUGAGUAUACGUUGCUGACGUCCUGUUGGUGUUUAACUACAACUGUUCUUUCAAGAUUGCAUGUAUUUCUUUGCCAUCCGAAUGUUUUCAAAUAUUGUUAGGAAUAAUGGCGAAUCUUUUAUUUUUAUGGAAAUAAAAUGUCGGAACGAA